GGCUUCCUUUCCUCUCUCCGGAGCUCACGUGUGUCCUGUUGAGGGGCAGAGAAGAGCUAGGCCAGGCAUAGGCGGAGGCCGGCUGCCUCUGCCUCCUGUGGCUUCUGUCCAGCCCCGGCAGGUGGGAUCCUGGAGUGAGAGGGAAUGGCUCCUGUGCUGACAGCCAAGCCAGGACAGGAAUCAGUAACAUUCAAGGAUCUGGCUGUGGAAUUCACCCGAGAGGAGUGGGGACAAUUGAACCCAUCUCAGAAAAAGUUGUACAGGGAUGUGAUGCUGGAGAAUUAUAGGAGCUUGGUGUCUUUGGGAUUUGCAAUAUCCAAACCAGAUAUGAUCUACCAGUUGGAAAAGAAGGAAGCAUCUUGGAUGCCAGAGGCAGAUAUUCCCAGAAGCAGCUGUCCAGAGGGCAGAGAAUUUACUGGAGAUAAACCUCUUGAAUGUAAUGAAUACGGGAAGGCCUUUUGGAGGAAGGAGCGUCUUGCUGUGAAUCACAGAAUUCAUACUAGAGAGAAACCAUAUGAAUGUAGAGAAUGUGGAAAGGCCUUCAUGAGGCAGGGAAAACUCAAACUGCAUCAGAGAAUUCAUACUGGAAUUCAUACUGAAGAGAACCCUUAUGAAUGUAGUGAAUGUGGGAAGGCCUUCAGAAAUAGUAUGCAGCUUACAAUGCAUCACAGAAUUCAUACUGAAGAGAACCCUUAUGGAUGUAGUGAAUGUGGGAAGGCCUUCAGGAGUAAGACACAACUUAGAGUGCACCACAGAAUUCAUACUGGACAUGUUCUUUACGAGUGUAAGGAGUGUGGUAAGGCUUUUAUCUCCAACUCAGAACUUAUUCGACAUCAAAGAACUCAUACUGGAGAGAAACCUUUUGGUUGUAUUGAAUGUGGAAAGGUCUUCUUCAGAAAAAUUCAUACUGGAGGGUCAUGUAAUGACUAUAAGGAGUGUGGAAAUGAUUUCCACUACAGCUCAAAUCUUACUCUACAUCCAAAAAUUCAUGCUGGAGAAAACCCAUAUGAAUGCAGUGAAUGUGGAAGGGCUUUCAGGGAUAAGACAGAACUUAUGAUACAUCACAGAACUCAUACGGGAGAGAAACCUUAUGAAUGUAGUAGAUGUGGAAAAGCCUUCAGGAGGAAGUCACAUCUUACUGAUCAUCAGACAAUUCAUACUGGAGAGAAGCGUUAUGAAUGUAAGGAAUGUGGGAAGGGUUUUCUCUACAACUCAGAACUUGUUGUACAUCAAAGAAUUCAUACUGGUCAUACUGAAGAGAAACCUGAUGGAUGUAAUGAGUGUGGGAAGACCUUAAGAAUGAGGAUACAACUUACCCAUCAAAGAAUUCCCUCAGGAAAGAAACCUUAA